AUGGACGAGCUGGCGCAGACACUGGGCCAGGCGGCCACAGGGGCUUUCACGGCCCUCUGCCUUGUCUUGGUUGCUGGUUUCUUGACGCUCGUGAUGAUCCCACGCCUGCACACGCCCGUGCGAGCCUGGCUGCGCCCGCACGCAAUCCACCACGUCGAGUCGGGUCUCGACCUCGUCCUGGCGGCGCAGCGCUGGCAGUCGCCCUGGCUCACGCAGCUCUUCACCAAGUCCAGCCACAGCGUGUCCGUCACCUUCUACGCCUCCUUCCUGCCCAUGCUGUUCUGGCUGGGGCUGCCCGAGCUGGGGCGAGACCUUGUGUGCCUGAUGGCGCUGGCGCUGUAUGUGGGCAAUGCCAUCAAGGAUCUGGUGUGCUCGCCGCGCCCCCUCAGCGUCAGCUACGGCAAGCAGCGGCUGAAGUUCCUGGGGGCCUCAGAUGAGGAGGUGGAGCUGAAUGCCAAGGAGUAUGGCCUGCCCAGCAGCCACACGCUCAACACUCUGUGCCUCAACUACAUGAUUGUGUGGUACCUGUACGACCGCCAGCUCAUCGCUGCUGGUACCGCAGCAAUACUGUACUGCCUGGUCGCCCUCUGGGUGAUGUGGAUUGCAGCCUCCCGCCUCUACCUGGGCCUGCACACUCCCAUCGACAUCCUGGCAGGCGCGGUGGCGGGGCUGGCGGUCCUGGUCUGCUUCAUCGCCAUCGAAGGCCACCUGAGCCGCUGGGUGCUGGCGGGUCCGCAAGCGGUGGUGCACGCCGCUGCCGCCUCCCUGGUGCUGCUGCGCCUGCACCCGCGCCCGCUGGCCCACACGCCUUCCUACGAGUUCACCACAUCUUUCAUGGGCUCCAUGUUUGGCGUGGUGGCAGGGCUGGCAGAGCUGUGGUCGGGCCGCGACCGGCUGCUGGCGGGCAGCCGGCUGCUGUGGGCGGCGCGGCGGCUGGGCGUGGGCUUUGUGGUGGUGGGCGCGUUCAAGGAGGGGUCGCGGGCGGUCCUGCUGGCGGCGCUGCCGCUGCUCUACCGCUUCUUCCCGCUCCCGGUGCGCCGCCUGUGGCAGCCUCCCGUGCACAACCUGGCCAAGGCCCCGCCCCAGCAGCAGCAGCAGCAGCAGCAGCACAGGAAGGGCAAGAACAGCCAGCAGGAGGAGGAGCAGGAUGGCUUUUUGCAGCAGCAGGACGGCAAGCUGGCGGCGGCGGCGGCGGCGCGGCAGCGGCGCAGAUCCCUGCGUGGCGGCGCAGCCCCUGCUGCGGAGGGGCUGGCGGCGGCUGGGGCCGCUGCGGAGGAGGCAGCAGCGUCGCCGGUGGACCCGCGCCUGGCGGAGCUGCCACACAAUGCCCAGGGCCUGCCCUGGGAUGUGGAUGUCACCAGCCGCUUCUUUGCCUACUCCGCCAUCGGUGUGGCGGUGGCCGGCGUGGUGCCCCGCAUCCUUGAGGCCCUGGACUGGUGA